UAUUAUUUCCAUUCAAGAUUUUUGCAACAAAAGUGCAAGUCUACUGAAAAAUCAAUGCACUACAAAGUACAUGAACUGAGUAGUUGGUUGGGUCCUGGUAUGUACCAUCAGCAGUCUCUAACAAGCACUAUUCAACAUGCUAGAAAGUAAAACACUGGAACGACUGGGAAAUGGAUCAGUUUGAUUCAGAAAGUCUCUUGUGCAAUAUAAAAUGUUAUUAAAGACCAAAUCUGGCCUGCAUAGAAACCAGUGAACAGAAAGUCAUCCUGCCAAUGUCCUUGCUUUAGUCCUUGCUUUAGUCGGGGGUCCCAACACGUCUGCACGCCCUUUUCCUCGCUGCCCACUCUGAACACACCUCCUCCCAAACCUCCUCCUCCUCCUCUUGUGAGGCCACUUCGCCAGAUGGUGUAGUCUUUUUCUUUUGUUUACCCAUCGCCUCAGAGUUUACCUAACAAACCUUAGCGACAGAACCACGGGAUGUCUCCGAGCAGCAUGACCGCUGGACACAGACACGUGUCUUUCGCCAGGAGGAAGGACUGACAUCAUGAUGGGACCACUCACAAAGCCGUGUUAAAGCUUGAGUCUUGCUUCUCACCCAUGUGCUGCAUUCUGAGCUGCUGCUCAUCUUUUCAUAGCAGCCCAGCUGUUAAGACAUUGAAUGUGUCUCAAACCAAGGAUGUGAAAUGAUCAAUUGAAACCCCGUCCGAUCAAUGGAAAAGAGAAGGUUUCCUGGCACAAUGUCCAGGCAGGUGGAUUCGUCGUCCAAGAGACGCCCCUGUGCUGGAAGUGGGCUGACGUUCCCUCAGCCUCCCCAGCUCGCGUCCACCGUCCAGUAUGGCCGCAUUCAGGCUGUGGAGGUUGCGAGAGGAAGAACAGGGUACGGCUUCACGCUGACAGGCCAAAGUCCUUGUGUCCUCAGCUGCAUCCUUAAAGGAAGUCCUGCAGACUACGUGGGGCUGCGCUCAGGAGACUGCAUCCUUUCUGUCAAUGACAUAAAUGUCUCCAAGGCAUCGCACGAAGAUGUCGUCAAACUGAUUGGACGUUGCUCUGGCAUUUUAAAGCUGGUCAUUGCUGAGGGCGAGCGCCACCGGCGCCACCCUCAACGGGCCGCCGGCAGUCGCCAUCACAGCAGUAAUGCGAUGACGGCAACCUACCUGGAUUCCUGCUCCAGUGAUGACGAGCUGGAUGUCUUUUACAAUAAUGGUGUGGGCAACAAUAAUGGCCGGUCAGGCUGUGGAACAAAAGGAGGCUGGUACAAGCCCAAACUGGAUUCCAAGCAGCUUGGCAUCAACAGAGCAGAGAAGGUGGUGGCCGAGUUGCAAUCUGGAGGAAUCUUCAACAUGAUCUUUGAAAAUUCCAGCCACUCCUCCAGCAGCUCGGACAAGGACAGGCCCGGGGUGAGCUCAUCCUCAAAGCCGCGUCAGAUGUCCGAUCCGGAAUUCAACCCUUACCGCAAUGCCUCCUGUACCCAGAGCAACCCCAACCUGCUCUCUGAGGAGGAGAUGGCCCAGGUGCUGAAUGAUGACUCUGUCUUCCUGGAGUCCGACUUCCGUCACCUCCACAUUCACCACCACGAAGAGCAAGAUAUGGAUGUUGGAGAAGGUGCUGACUUUGGUCUUGAGCCCAGCGAGGGAAUCCUUAACGUUGGGAUGAUUGUUGGGUAUCUCGGCUCCAUCGAGCUCGCCUCAACAGGAACCAACCUGGAGAAUGACAGUCUGCAAGCCAUCAGAGGGAGCAUGAGGCGCCUCAGGGCCGAGCAGAAGAUUCAUUCAUUGGUCCUCAUGAAGGUCAUGCAUGACAGCGUACUCCUGUGCAGCGACAGAGGUCAGGUCUUGGCCACCUACCCUGCAGAAAAACUCGCCUUCAGCGCCUGUUGUCCUGAUGAUCGGCGAUUCUUCGGACUGGUAACCAUGCAAGCCACGGACGACCACGACGAUCGCCACUUCAGCAACGGGCGAGACGACGAAGGGAGUUUAAGGACAUCAUGUCACGUGUUCAUCGUGGAUCCAGAACUAUGUCAUCACCAGGUCCAUUUAGGGGUGGCCAGGAGGUUUGGCUUUGAGUGCACCCCCGACCCAGACACAGGAGGCUGCCUGGAGUUCCCGCCCAGUUCUCAGCCGCUACUCCAGUUUGUUUCUGUCCUCUACCGAGACAUGGGGGAUAACAUCGAGGGGGUCCGGGCCCGCGCCUUCCACGAUCCAGACAACGACGCCCAACAGAACCACAGCACCAGCAGCAACAGCGAUAGUGGAAUCGGCAACUUUUUACCCGAGGAGAAGAGCAACCGAGUCCUUUUGGUGGAUCUCGGGGGCCCUCCCAGUCACAACCACAUGUCUGGGGCCCGCCAGUGGGACAGCCCGCCCUCCUCUCAGCAGGCCUGGAGCCCCAUCCUUGGAGCCGCCGCCUCCCCCCCUCCACCUCCCCCUCCUCCUCCGAUGCUGAGAAACGGUCACUACCUCCACGACCCGCACCUCGCUGACCUCCCUCACCCUCUCCCGCUGGCUCACCCUGACCUGCCAAGCAGACUCUCACAAGGACUCAAUGUGCAUCACUACCCGGCGAGGAAGCUGGGUGGAGCUAUGGGGGGAGGAGACAGAAGAGGAGGAGGAGUAGGAGUAGAGCCUCAGAGGUGGCUGCCAGUCCAUGUGCUGAGAGACUGGCGUCAGCAGCACCAGCACCACCACAGCCACUUUCAGGGUCUGAGCAGCGAUCAAGAGUCAUACGCCGAGUCCACUGACGGAUGGUCAUCAGCCAACUGCAGCACCCUGCCCCCACCCAUGAAUAAGAUCCCUGCCGACCGCUACCGGGCCCCGCUGGCCCCAGGGGACCGCAUGCACCCACCUGGUGUCAGUCAUCCACCAUCUCCUCCUCCUCCUCCCCCUCCUGCACAUCUCCACAGCCACCGGCUGGCUGCUCAGAAAGACGAGUGGGCCAAGAAACUGUUCGGCGCCGGAGACCGGGAGCGCAAUGGAGCACAGCGAGCCGAAAGAGAGAAAAAACGAGAGGUGAACUCAAAGGAGGGAGAGAAAAAGGGCGGUCGGUUUCGCGGCUUGACGAUGGGGUUCCCUCCUCUGCCGCAGCGCUCCUCAGCCAGACGGUCCUUUGGGCGCUCCAAACGCCUCAGCAUGGCCCGCUCCCUGGACAACUUGGAGUCCGCUGCAGUCUCUGAUGGAGAGCUGAACAGCGUGGAGCUGCAGGGCUGCAGCAGUGACAACAGUCUGAACAGCAAUGCUAGCCUUCCCAGCGUCCAGAGUCACCGGCGCCACACCGAGAGGAGGGUGGCCAGUUGGGCCGUCUGCUUCGAGCGGCUGCUGCAGGACCCUGUAGCAGUCCGCUACUUUUCGGAGUUCCUAAAGAAGGAGUUCAGUGAGGAGAACAUCCUGUUCUGGCAGGCCUGUGAAUUCUUCAGCCAUGUUCCUGAGAAUGACAACAAGCAGCUCUCACAGCGUGCCAGAGAGAUCUACAACAGCUUCCUUUCCAGUAAAGCAACAACACCGGUCAACAUCGACAGUCAAGCCCAGCUUGCUGACGAUAUCCUCAACGCGCCAAAACCUGACAUGUUCAAGGAGCAGCAGCUGCAGAUUUUUAACCUGAUGAAGUUUGACAGCUACACGCGAUUCCUCAAGUCUCGGCUGUACCAGGAGUGCAUGCUGGCGGAGGUGGAGGGCAGACCACUUCCUGACCCCUACCACAUCCCCAGCAGCCCAACGUCAAAGCACAGCACCACCGGCUCCGACCGCUCCAACCUCUCCACUCCCAAAAAGGAGGACAAGAAAACCAAAUCAGGGCGGUCUUUGAACGAAGACAGUCGGGAUGACUCAGGAGACCGGAGGAAGGGCAUGUUUUUUUCGUGGUCCCGAAACAGGAGCUUUGGCAAAGGCCCCAAAAAGCGAGAGCUGGCUGAUUUUAAUUACAGCACCAACGGUCGUCGGGAGUCCCAGGGCUCGCUGUCCUCAGGAGCGAGUCUGGAACUGGGGACGUCAGGUUCAGGGAAGAAUGAGCAUGAUACUUCCCGUGGCGCAGUAUCAGAACGAGGAGGAAGCAGCGCCCCCUUGAGGCAAUGUAACAUUAGCUUGCCAGACGGCUCAUGUUGCCCGGUGCCUCUUCGGCCCGGCAUGUCCAUCAGAGACCUGUUGCAGGGCCUUUGUGACAAACUCUGCAUCAACCUGGCAGCUAUAGACCUUUUCCUUGUCGGAGGAGAGAAGCCUCUUGUUUUGGACCAAGACUGUAUGACCCUGAGCUCUCGAGACCUGAGAUUAGAAAAGCGCACUCUGUUCAGGCUUGACUUGGUCCCCAUCAACCGCUCUGUGGGUCUGAAGGCUAAGCCAACUAAACCAGUGACUGAGGUCUUGAGGCCUGUUGUGGCCAAAUAUGGGCUGCACCUCUCUGACUUAGUGGCACGUAUAAGCGGCGAAUCAGAACCUUUAGAUCUCGGGCUUCCUAUUUCCAACCUGGACGGUUUGCGAGUUGUGUUAGACAUUGAAGAAAACGCCAUGGGGAAAGACAAAAUCAAAGCAGCUCAGAGUCACCUUCCGGCUUCGACGAGCAGGAACCAGUCGGCAACAGGGGACGACAGGCCAACAAGGAAAGGCGGUUCAGCCCACCCCCAUGGGGAAAAUGGCAAGGCUGGGCCCGGCCCCGGCACAAGCAGCCAGACCCUACCCAACCACUCUGUCUCUCUGCAUAAGGCUCCGGGGAAAAGAAAGCAGAAAAAGAUUAAUAUAGACGAAGCUGAAGAGUUCUUCGACCUCAUAUCCAAAGCUCAGAGCAACCGAGCCGACGACCAGCGAGGCCUGCUGAACAAGAGCGACCUUCAGCUGCCCGACUUUCUGCGCCUCACACCAACCAGCCCGACGACGCCUCCUCCCCGCAACCCCGAGCCCAUCUGCUCCACCCCGAAUUCCCGUAACACCAACAAUGGCGGCUUCACCACCAGCAGCCACCGGGGCAACAAGGGAAAUGGCAAUCACAGGGGCGGCGUGGUCAGUGGCUCGUACCUGCUCAGUGCGAGCCAUCAGUCGCAGAGCUUGGACUCAGCGCUGGGCGCAGAGUGUGGAGGUGGCAGAAAACCCAGACCCCCCCCUCCGUUUCCAGCCACCGUCUCCCCCAUCCAGUCAAGCCGACCAGGCGGGCAGGGUCUCCUCCAGAACUCAUCCAGAGGGGAAUCGAUGCAGAUGCUGGAGGAGGACACCCUGUCAGAUCUAACUCUUGUGGGAGAAGGAGAUAUUAACAGCCCCAGCCUCAACUACAUCACUCCCUCCUCCCUGUCGAGUAAACCCCUCCCCCAGCCUCAACGCCAAGCGCAGGACGGUCAGCCUUGCUCAGGUACCUCGCCGGUGUGAACUCUUAAGACUGCUGAACCUGCACCGCUCUCUUCACCUGACUGUUAGUGGGACCGGUGACCCACUAGAGUCAGUCUGACGUUACUUCAUUCUGCCACUAUUCAGACGUGGCAGAAAAUGCAUCUGAAUCUCCUCCUUCCCUGCCACUUUUAGAUGCUACUUAGAAGUUUUAUUCCAGAACUGUCUAAAAAUACACACAACUAAUGUAGAAGAUCAGAGUGAAGAGCUUAAUUGCAAACAGUAGAGAUUAGAUUUUAUUUAGACAGCAGUGGAUCUGAUAACAUGUGAGGUGUUCAUAGGCCUGUCACAAUAACGCAUUUUGUUUGGACGAUAAAUUGUCCAAGAUAUUAUUGUGAUAAACAAUAACGUUGUUGUCUAGAUGCAACUAAUUUAAUGAUACAGGCAUAGUAAUUCAACUUUGCCUUCUUAAAGAGUAAUAAAUGUUUUGUUUUUUUUUUUAUGGAACACUUCACACUGGAACUGGAAGUUAUUUUUAAUACUCAACAUAAAACACAACAAUUUAAAACAAUAAAAAAAUUUGGUAAAAAUCUCAAACAACUGAAACCAUAAAUGCAAUGGAUUAUGAAAACUGUCCUUCAAGAAGCGCAAAUCAUCCGAAUGGAAAUUAUUGAGCUCAUUUAAUUUAUGAUAAUAAUUGCUGAUUGCGACAGGCUUAGGUGUGCACUACUUUGGGGCCAGCAAUCUUUUUUUAGAACAGUAAAAUGUGUCAAAAAUACAAAGAGAGGAAAAUGGAUGCAUUGAGCAUGGACAAAUUGUUCCCCUUGGAUUUUCUUGUGUGGUGUGUAUCUGUGUGGACUUUUCGACAGACUUGCUGUGGAUUAUGUUUGCUUUGAGACAUAAGACUGAGGGUGAGGUUGGUAGAAACCUGUGCCAAACUCACUCCUCCAGUCCCUAAAUGUACAGAAUCUUAACAAUGCACUUUAGCCAAUUGUAAACAAGACGUUAUUUGUCAGAGUGUAAUUUCUUUUCCCGUUACUUUUCUUUACAUUAACUUUUUAUGUCUGUUUCAUUCUACAUGUGACUAAGCAGCCAUAGUUUUAGAAAAUAAUUUCAGUCAUAGAGAUGCAUUGAUACAAAUGUUGGGGCUAGUUUCCAAUCCUCCGGUUUUUGUAAAACUUUGACCAGCUGAUGUGAUUGCAUCCAAUUCCAGAUUCUCUUUAAAACUGAAACUGAUAAUGUUUUCCUCUACAUUUCCUGCACAGAGCAGUCAUUACCUGUUAUAUUGUGCAUUGGAGACCACUGAUACAUUGCUCUUAAUGUAUGUCGCUAAUAUGGCUAAUGUAUAUCUCUGUUAGUAUAUGUUGUUGAUAGAGACCGUCAUCUCUAUGAGAGAUUGUAAAAUCGGGUUUUGCUAUCUUUAAAACAAAAAACUAUUUCAGCAUUAGCAUUAGCAUGGCUAGCAUUGUUAAAAUCCCAAUCUUCAAGUUCAUUUCCUAGACUAGUUCUAGGAAAUGAGCUAGUCUAGUAGACUUAGUAUCUUAAGUCUCUAUUUUACAAAAUAACCUGUAUUAUAAGUUCCAACGAACACAACAGAGUAACUUCGCUUUAGCCAAAAACAUUCUUUGAAAAAAAAAAUGUAAAAAUGCCUUCCUAAAUGUGUUUUCCUCGAGUUUUGACACUGAAACUCAAAAUGGCAAACCUUGAGUCUUCUACACUCGGUAGCAACUUGCACAUUAUGGAGAGUAAAUAUCACUGAAACAUGGUAGCACUCAUACAUCAUUAAGAUGACUGAUUGGAACAAGAUUUUAUUUUUGAUUUUCCAGCUGAUCAAACCAAAACUUGAUUCUGGUCACCAACCUCUGGCUCGGUGCAUCUCUACUCAGUAGCCACUGAAAAGCUCUAAGAAAAUACUGCAGUUUUUGACUGCAUGGCUGGUUGGUCUGACUCAAUAAAGACAGAGGCUUCACUGCCUUUAUAGGCAGUACAUGCAUUUUUAAACCCAUUUCCAUCGUUGUUCUCUUACCUCAGGCAUUUCGACUGUAUCGCAAGUGCUUAUGUGUGCAAUCUUGCUCAUUGAUCAUAUGAUUGUUAAUAAUGUGCACUGGCUGUAAACAAGCAGCUUUUUUUUCUUAUUGAUCGACCAUCUCUCUUUCAGAUUAGAAAGCUUUGAGCUGUGUUUUCUGCAAGCUUCUAUCUGGACUCAUUUCAUAUGAAUUUUUAACUUCACUGUAUAAAUCCAUUAAUUUAUGCAUCAUGUUGUUUUCGUUGUUGCCACCAGUUAAAAGUGUUAAUUUGUAUAUAGUGCCCUGGAAACCACCAUGUUGCAUUCUUUAAAGGUGCCGCAGCCAUUCUGUCUCAUUAGGAAUCGGUUCCGCCGAGUUGACAUUGCGCUCUGUGAAUAGUUCAAAUAAAUGUUUCCCACGUUUUA